GGAGACUCUGCCGCCAGCAGCUUGCACCGUGUGGGGCCCCGGCACCCCUUCAUCCAGCAUCUGCCGGCCACGCCAGCAGACCCUGACCCCCUCCCCGGUCUGUCAGGGACCCGACAGCGCCGAGUGCCGGGUCCGAGCUGGGUGGCCCCAGCAUCUGCCUUCAGCUGCUUGAGACAAGUUCAGGCAGGUGUGCUGGUCCUGGAGCCUCUGUGCUCGGCAAAUGAAGGCGCUUGCAGGGACCUCGCUGGGAGAGGGGGAAGCGGAGGCGCAGGGACUCACCCAGGGGCACCGGCGGCAGCAGAGGAGGAGCUGCCGACCCAGCCCCUCGCCUCGGAGGUGCCAGGCACGGACAGGCAGGAGCUGGCUGUGCGCAGCAGGGACAGUGAUGGGACUGAGGAAGAUGCAGAAAUCCCGGAGGAGCAGCUGCUGAGUUUCCCCAGUGAGCUCUCAGUGCUGGAGAGACUGGGUUUGCACAGGGUGGCUUUGACAGAGCAGGAUGUGGAGGCAGCCUUUGCCCACCUUGCCCUGGCUUUUCGCUGUGACGUGUUCACCCUGCGGCAGCGGGUGCAGGUGGAGAAGCGGGCACGGGACGCGGCAGAGGAAAACAUCCAGGAGGAGCUGAGGCAGUGCCGGGCUGCCCUGGAGAGGCUGGGCCCAUCCUGCGCCGACACGGGCUGCAAGGAGAUGCUGGAGCAGCUGGAGCGCAGCCUGGCUGUGCUGGCAGCUUCUGUCGAGCGGGCAACCAGCGCUGCGGAGAAGCUGGGGGCUGUACAUCAGGAGGCCCGGAUGAUCCGAGCGGCGGAAGUGAUGGUCCAGCACGUGGAGAACCUGAAGCGGCACCACAUGCGGGAGCACGCGGAGCUGGAGGAGAUGAAGCGCCUGAUCCAGCAAAACUCCCGCAACCGGCAGCUGGCGGAGACCCAGGAUGACACGGAUCCGCGGUUGAGGCCUCACCCCCUGGUGCGAACUUUCCAGCAGGGGUCUGCGCGUCGCAGAGUCAGCAUCGCCGUCAUCCCCAAGCAGCUCUUGGUCCAAGCUGUCCCCGGCGGAGCUGUGGCGGCCGUGGCUCUUCCUCCCGCAGCACUACUGGCUUUUCUUCUGGCUGCUUCUCCUCAGCAUCGCCUUCCUCCUCCUUGUCCGCGUCCUUGAGCUGCAGCGGCUGCAGCC